AAUGACAGAAGAAGAAGCCGUUUCCGGAGGAAGCUGAUGCCGCUGAAAACAACAUGGAGGCACACAUGGGAUUUUAGAUACGCUCUUUCAAAAUUGGGUGCUGAGAGGAUGAAACAUUGCUUUUCCAGACAAGAGCAUAAUAGUGGAGGAGACAGCUAAAAAUUUACCAACAUGUCGCUUUUGGGAAAGCUGAGACCACUGGCAUCGUUCCUUCAGAUGUCUCAGUCCAUGGCGCAAUGGUCCAGCCCCAUCCUGUCCAGGACCAUGGCCACCCUGAACCAGAUGCACCGGCAGGGCAAGCCCGCUCCCCGGCCCCCAAAGCUCGGCGCCACCUUCGGCCGGCCGCAGUUGAAGGCCGUGAUCCUGAAGACCAUGAUCCGCAAACCGAAGAAGCCCAACUCGGCCAACCGCAAGUGCGCCCGCGUGCGGCUGUCCAAUGGCAAGGAGGCGGUGGUGUUCAUCCCUGGCGAGGGGCACAACCUCCAGGAGCACAACGUGGUGCUGGUGCAGGGCGGCAAGACGCAGGACCUGCCCGGGGUCAAGCUGACUGUGGUCCGGGGCAAAUAUGACUGUGCCCACGUGGUGAAGAAAAAACACUGAUCGGAGGAGAAGAGUUUUGGGGAUGUCUGGCUAUAUGUUGUGUGUAUGUGUGCAUGUGUGUGUGAGAAAUGUUUAAUAAACAUAAAACAGUU